AUGUAUCUUAAUCUUUGUUUAGCCGCUAUCCUGAUUGUCAUAGCAUUUGCCGAAAGUGAUUCCAAUAUUUGCAGUAAUGUUAUCGAUUCUUACAUUGGAGACCCACAAAGCUGCGACACCUACAUCAGAUGCCAAGCUCAUCAUCCAAUUCAUGCAUCAUGUCCAGAUGGAUUAAAUUUCAACCCUAAGGUGAAAUAUCCGAAUUUUCCAUGUAGUUAUCCAGAAGACGUACCGUGCAAUGGCCGAGCUUAUUCAAAUCCGCCUAAGCCAACAGCGGAAUGUCCCAGACAGAAUGGUUACUUUUCCUCGCCCGCUGCAUCUAAACAGGACUGUGGACGUUAUAGAGUAUGUAAAGCUGGGAAAGCGAUCUUCAUGUCUUGUCCAACAGGACUCGCAUUCAAUCCAGUCACAGCCAAAUGCGAUUGGCCUGACCAAGUACCAUCCUGCAGCGCUAAUGAUUUCUUUGGUUUCUCCUGUCCACCCGGUACUGUAGAUAUUAGUGGCAACCCCAUUAUCACCAACCAUAAACAUCAAGAUGACUGCUACAAUUUCUUCUCCUGUGAGAACGGCCAAGCUCGUCUCCUGUCUUGCGAUAUCGGUUAUGCCUUCGACGAGCGCUCCGGACGUUGUGAAACGGCAGACACAGUUCCUUGCGCAAAUAAUAAUUAA